AUGACACCCUUGCUCAUCCAAAUUCCGCGGUGGAUGAUGCAUACAAAGACUCAAGAAGUCUUCGGUUCAAAGCUCAUUCAGCAUUUCUAUGAUAUUGUCUUCUCGGAAUCAACCUCUAUAGUACCAUAUGAUAUCUAUUUCACUAAGGUUUGUCAUGGAGCAACAAUAGAACUGUUGAAUUUUGCUGAUUUGUUUGCGAAUAGAAUCACCUCAGCGUGGCGUAUUUUUAACAAGCAGCUAAAGAAGCAAAUAAUAGUUUAUGUGGAAAACAUGUUGUUGCCGGCUUAUGAAAACUUCAUUACAGAAUUUGAGAAUGUUGUUGGUAAAAAUGCCGACGAUUAUAUCAUGUAUGGAGUGUCCGACAUUCAAGAUGAGCUCAAUAAUUUGUUUCUGUUGCAGGAUGUUGAGUCUGUCAGAGGAGCGGUUAGUAAUCAGUUAGUUAGUUAG